UGUGAUUUACCUGUUCAGGUGAGGCAUGCAAUUAGAACAGCAAACAUCAUUGCCACCGGAACACUGGUGCAAAAGGGCAAUAAAGUAUCACCAGGAGUUUAUUACAAGAGUACUGCGGUGCAAGCAUGUCCUCCACCUCUCAGAAGCACAGGGACUUCGUGGCUGAGCCCAUGGGGGAUAAACCAGUCACUGCUCUAUCAGGCAUUGGAGAUGUUCUGGGCAAGAAGCUGGCAGAGCAGGGCUUUGAUAAAGCAUUUGUGGUGUUGGGUCAGUUUCUUUUGCUGAGGAAGGACCGUGAACUGUUCUCCGAGUGGCUGAAGGACACCUGCGGGGCCAAUUCCAAGCACGCGGACACCUGUUCUCAGUGUCUCUCUGAAUGGUGCGACACCUUUCUCUAAAUCCGGUGGCCCUUCUUCUUUUUUUUUUUUUUUUUUUCAUUUUGUGGAUUAGUUUUAACAUUUAAAAAAUAGUUAAUCAGUAAUGCUGUGAUAUUACUGUGAAAAAAGCUUUAAGAUAUUCCUGGCUCUUAAUAAAAUAUUAA